AAAUCGCAAGACGCCUGCAAAUUAGAUGAGAUCAAGACCUCAGUAACAACAAUCGAUAGCCCCUUGGUUUUUAUUUGGCAAUUAUCGGAUGACAUCGAGUCCUCAGUAACCACACCCGAUAGCCUAUUGUUUAAUCAGAUGACAUAGGUAAUAAAUACUUCAGUUCGACACCCGGUGGCAUGGGACUGGGACUCGCAGAGUUGCAUCCAUAAAUUCAAGAAUUGAGGAAAGCAGAACCUUGUUGGCUGCUUGUUAUCAUCUCUGGACCCAUGUCUGAACAGCUCCCUCUUCCAGUUGCUGACCCUUCCUCUCAACUUCCUCCCCAACAACCACAACCAAUUCUGCUACCACUACCGCCGGCAAACAACACACUUGAGCCCGCAGCUCAGUCGUCCAACAGUGGUGCAGAGCGGCUCAUGUAUAAAAACCGACUGCAAGAAUACACACAAAAGUCUUCCUUACAGCUCCCUGUUUAUACAACUAUUAACGAAGGAGUUCAACAUGCACCAAGGUUUAGAGCUACAGUUUUAGUAGAUGGAAUGUAUUAUACAUCUCAAGGAAAUUAUCCAACUCGAAAGAGUGCAGAACAAGAAGCUGCUAAGAUUGCUCUUGAAAAUAUUCAGCAAAAGAUGAGGGAUGAUGGGUGUCCAAUCAUUCGUGAGGAUACUACUUUUUGCAAGUCCAUCCUGAAUGAGUAUGCUGUUAAGAUGCAUCUAGAGAAACCAGCGUAUAAUACAAUUCAACCAGGAGGCUUGAUUCCAGUUUUUGUAUCUACAUUAGUUUUCAAUGGUGUUAGUUAUACUGGAGAUAAAGGUAGAAACAAGAAAGAGGCUGAACAAUUGGCAGCACGAGCCAUCAUUCUUUCAAUUUUAGACUCUGCAGAUUCUGCAUCCGCCACAGUGAUGUCUGAGAUAAUCAAAUCGAAGUCCAAGCUUUAUGCAGCAGUAAACAAAAUUAGGGAUGCUAACAGCAUUCACAGUGCAGUGAACUCUGUAAACACAUGGGAGGACCCUGGUGUCCUGUUGAAUAAAGGAAAAGUUGCUCAAGUUGGUAAAACUACUGCCAGCUUUCCUAGCUUGGCUGAAUCUGCCAAGACACAUGCCACACAUGUACCGUUUCAUCCAUUCAAAAAGCCAAAACUUGAAACCAGCACUGAGGUAGUUGCUCCUCCCAUUGUAUUUGUACCUCCAGUGUUAGGACAGCCUCUGCAUUCUUCAACUUCUGGGGUAAAACGGAAUCGUAAAAACAAAAAGAAGGCUAAAGUAGGAGUGCAAAUUGGUCCUCAGAUACCUGUUGCUGUAGGACCUCUGAAUCAGAUUCCUUCUUGUUCAGUGGCCCAAUGAGAGGCUGGCUGUACUUCUAUUUAGGUUUUGUUGAUGUAUGGCGCCAAAACUAGGCUUUCUCCAGUUCAACAUCGCUUGGAAGAGCUUUUUUCCUUUUCUUUACUUCGUAGUGAUAGAUCUACCUUAGUUCUCUUUCAUGUUGGGACAUGGAACUGUGUCAUGUUAGACAAACAUAAUCUGUAGAUUUGAUAUGUUAAACUGGUUUGCAGGGAAGUGGGGAUAUCAGUUAUCUCUGUGUGUAUAGGUCCUUGCAUUAAAUGGUAUGCUUUUAUGGAUUUUCUGGUUGUGUUUAAAUGGUCCAAAUGCCUAUACUCUCCUCUUAUUGUUCC